GGAGAAAACCGGGAGGUGACCGGAAUCGGGAUGGAAACACGUGUGGCGCACGUUCUUGGAGUGAGUGGUAUUUCCGUAAUAAAGAGAAAGUAGCUCUCUCCUCUCCUCUCGUUUUUCUUGUUUGAAUUCACGAGCGAGGAAAGAAACAAACCCCUGUCGUUCGUUGUUAUCCCUCUCUCAGAUCUCUAGCUGUUAGGGCGCGAGAAGUGGAGGGUUUUGGUUCGUGCGGCGGCCGUCGAUUGCCUCCACACUUCGUGAAUCUACGGCUCGGAGAUGGAUUGUAGCAUCGGUCGCAGGGUGCAGCGGCAGUGCUGGAGAUAGAGCGGAGACACAGACGCUGGUGAGAUCUGAUUGCCAGCACAUGAUUCAAUCACUGGCACUAGAAUAGGAACAGGAACAGGAAACAGAUUGUUCUUUGCUUGGUGCUAACGAUAGGAAUGGUGGGCUGAAGGCGAGAUCGAGUUCAUGCUUGGUGUUAGUGCAAAAAAAAAGCAGAGAUCUUAAUCAUAUGGUCAGGGUUCGUUGGGAGGCAUUUUGUCGCCAUCCCAUUGACAUUUUGUUUUGUGGUCUCUAUUGUUGUUGAGUCUGAAAGGGUGCGCAUGUGGUGCAACAGUGGGAUUUGAUGUACAUGUGAAAAAAGCUCAGUAAUUUUUUAGAGUUAAAUUGUAAAAUAGGAUCAAGUGUGGACUUGUGGAUGAGAAGAGGGAGCCGGUCAGUCGGUAGAGUGAGAUAGAGAAAGAAAAGAAAGGUUCAGAUAGAGACACGAAGAGAGCGCGGAUGCAAGCAGGAGUUGGUUUGCUUUGAUUACUGGAGAUGGGGGGCCUGGUGUAGAGAUUUUCAUUUGUGAGUCAGUAGUGGAUGGAUAUGGAGGUGUUGCUCUUGUCGAAUCUUGAGAUCAAGGUUUCAUCUGUUGUGGUCUGGUUGAAAUGGAAUGAAACGGAGGCAAAGGGAGUGAGGUUUAUUUUUGUUUAGGGCUAUGCGUUCUGUCAACUCCAUGGCUUCGGGUGGAUGCUCCUGAAACCAUUAGUACUUCUAGUUCUAGGUUUUUCUCUUCUAUAGUGAAAAUCCCAGCGCCUGUUUGUUCUGGAUUUGGGGACAGGGAUUUUAGUCUGCUCUUGCCAAGGAGACACUCAAGGGUUUUGCUGCUUCUAAUGCAAAUAUUGUUUGUCUUGAUGCUUUCUUUCAGCAGGUACUCUAUCAGCCUAACAUCAGUCUUAUUGUCUACUCUUGGCCUUGUCUCUGUGAUCAAUUUGAUCUCGUAGCUAGAAUUUUCCUGAUUGUUGUCAAUUGGAUCUUGUCAUAGAGCUUGUGUCCUUUUAUACUCUCUCUGGUCUGAUUUGGAAGAAAAGAGUGAUUUCUUGAUCUAUGCAAAGAACAGUUCAUGAGAUUCUUUAGAGAAGGGUAUGGAUUGGAAUGCAAGGACUCCCCCUCCAUGGGAUUGGGAAAGUCUGGCAUUGUUCAGCGGGAAAAUAAGUGAACUUCCUAAAGGAGAACAAGAGUCUCAGUGGAGGAUUGAUGGGAUUGGUAAUGGAUCUGUCUAUUCAUCUGGUGUUGGUGCUUGCUCUGGAUCUGAAUUUUUCAAUGGUUGUUCACCCAAAAGUUCCUUCUCGGCUUCCAAUGAUUCUUCAUCAAAAAAAUCUGUGAUGAAAGUACCCGGCCUCAAUUCACUGGGUGCUGAUGGGUUUUCUCAGAAUAUUAGCAAGAAAGGAGAAUUGACAAGGGUGGAUGACACCGGGAAUUCUCCAGAUGUGGUACCUGCAGUUGGCCCUAAUGAGCAAAUGAUUGGCCUGAAGCUUGGGAAGAGGACUUACUUUGAGGAUGUCUGCGCAGGGAGCAAUACUAAGAGUGCCUCAUCUUCAGCUUCUGUGACCCCAUCUUCCACGUCGGUAAAGAAGCCAAAGGUGUCACAACAGGGCACACAAGCUUCUUACUGUCAAGUUGAAGGCUGUAAUAUAGACCUCUCUGGAGCUAAAGACUACCAUCGUAAGCACAGAGUCUGUGAGAACCAUUCCAAAUGCCCCAAGGUCAUUGUUUCUGGUCUGGAGCGCCGGUUUUGCCAACAGUGCAGCAGGUUCCAUGAUCUCUCUGAGUUUGAUCAGAAGAAGCGAAGCUGCAGGAGGCGACUUUCUGACCACAAUGCACGCCGUCGCAAGCCACAACCAGAAACAAUUUCUUUUAAUUCUGCGAGGCUUGCUUCAUCAUUUUAUGAUGACCGGCACCAGAUGAACCUUCUUGUAAACAGAGUUCCAUUUGGUCACACAAGGCCCAAUAUGAAUUCCACAUGGGAUGCCUCAUGGGACUUCAAGCUUAUGCAAACAAGAGGAUCUUGGAUUAAGUCAACAAAACCAGGAGUGUUUGAUGGACAGCUGGGUUUAUCUAGUGGUGGCCUUUCAAAUACUAAUUCCUCACUCCGUAGUGACUUAGACAGGCUCUUGCCUUUCAAGGGCACCACUGCCGAAGUUCUCAAUCAAGGUCUGGAAGCAUCUGCUGCUGCCUCCAACUUGGAUGGAGCACCGGAUCUUCGGCGUGCUCUCUCUCUUCUGUCAACUGAUACGUGGGGUUCAGCUGAGCCUGGUCUCACUUCUCUUGUACCUGUGGUGGACAAGAGCCAGACCAAAGGUGGCCUGCCAGCCAUGCAAGUGAUGAGCUCUGCCUCAGAUUUAUGGAAGGACGAACAACCCCUCGAUCAGCAAGCAAGAGUGCUGCCAUUUAACUUGCACAGUAAUGGUAGCCAAUUUCAGGAGUUUCAGCUUAAAGCACCCUACGAGGCUGCUUUCUUUGAUUCCGACCAUAUCCAUUGACUGCAUUAUAUCAGUCAAUCACCUUUGAAAGUGUGGCUGCUGAUGGAUAAUAGGAAUGGCUGCAAAACCAGCGUACUUGUGUAAUUUACUACCAGUUGCUCAUACAGCUGCAUGAUGAUGAUGGACCUUAUGAUCAAGAGGCUAUAGCCUUAAGAUCACAGUCAUCUUCUUUUUUGUUUUUUAAGAUUUAUGUUUGGAACAUUCACUCCUGUUUAACCUGCUUUGUACCAUGGGUGGCACUCCAUGAGUAGAACCACAAGACAUUGUUUUAGACUCGAAUAAAAUAGCAGGCACUUUGACGUUAAAAAUUGCCUCGGGGCACUUGAUUUGGGUAA